AUGGAAGACCCACACCACCCAGCACGUCAGAAUGCUCAAGCCGCGGAAGGAGAAGCAGCUCGACAUGCAUUGAGAUUCGAGAGACAAGCUGCAAUCCGUGCAGGACGCUAUCUCCCGCCACUGCCACAAUUCCCACAGUACUUGCUGGAGCCACCACAGAAUCCAAAUUUGAUGGAGGUGUUCGAUCGAGCCAUGGAGGUUCAUAUUCAUCAUCGCGCUCAACUUCUCUUGGCACGUCUUCGACCGGUCAAUUUCGAACCGGGAAAUGGAAUUGUUGUGCCGGAGGACAAUGACUAUCAGCCGUUGUCUCCACAGCGUAGUGACGAUGAAGCAGAACUUGAUGAGCAGGCUUUGGAGAGACACCAAAACCUCCGACGAAACUUCAGACGCUAUAUGAGGCCAAGAGGAAACGCAAUCCCACAUGAAGUCUUCGAUCGUUUGAUGCACGAGUACCAACGAUUGGCGAAUCAACGUGAGCACAACAAUAACGGACAAUUCCGUGACUUCAACGGUAUUCUCUCUCCGGCGCCAUCGCCAUCUCCACCUCUAGCUGUUUCACCAGCGCCAUCUGAGGACGAUGCUCCAAUGGAGCAAGGGAGAGAUGCGGAUGUUGAUAUUGAGAUGUUGAAUGUCCAGCUGAUGGAAAUGCAACCAAACCAACCAAGACAAAGGAAGCGUCAAAACUCUGUGGAUGCGGUUCCAAUCAAGAAGAAGAGAGUGACAUUCAAGGAUAACUCUUCUGAUGAGGACGUCAACUAUUACAAUGACGACACUGAGGACUGCACCGGGACUUCUGAAGUAAACCGAAAACCAUUCGAUGACGAUGAUGAGGGAUUCUUCGGUGGCCCAUCUGCUCAACAAAACAACAUUCCAUGUGCUUGA